AUGAAAGAAGCUAAUAUGAUAUUCAAUCACAUUCAAUAUCAUUACAUCUAUCUAUCUAUCUAUCUAUCUAUCUAUCUAUCUAUCUAUCUAUCUAUCUACCCCUGUCUUUCCUUUAUUUAUAUCUAUUUAUUUAUACUUCUCUGUCUGAUACUAUCUAUCUAUCUAUCUAUCUAUCUAUCUAUCUAUCUAUCUAUCUAUCUAUCUAUCUAUAAUGUCUGGAAGCUUGAUAACAUACGAUGUAGAGAAUAUCAUAUACAUAUAUCAAAGUUGUCAAUCUCAUACACUCCCUCUAACUCUAUCAAUAUCUCUCUCACUCACUCUCCCUUCUCCCUCUCUCUCUCACUCUCUCUCUAUUUCACUCUCUCUCCCUCUCACUCACUCAUUCUCUCUCUUUCUCUCUCUCACUCUUUCAUUCUCUGUCACUCACUUACUCUCUCUUUCACUUUCUUUCUUUCUUUCUCACCCACUCACUCACUCACUUUUUCAUUCUCUCUCUUUCUCUCUCUCCCACUAUCUCUUUAUCUCCCUCGCUCUCGCGUUCUCUUUCUCUCUCACUCUCUCACACACACUAUCUUUUCACUCUCUCUCACUCACUCUCUCUGUCUUUCUUUCUCUCACUCUCUCUCUCUGUCUUUCUUUCUCUCACUCUCUCUUUCCGUCUCUCUUUCUUUCUCCACUCUCUCUCUCACUCACUCACUCUCUCUUUCUUUCUCGCACUCUCUUUCUCUCUCUCACACUCUCUCUCACUCUCUCUCCCUUAUUUUUUUUACUCUCUCUCCCUCCCAUUCUCUCUCUUUCUCUUUCUCGAGCGCGAAUAUUGAUUGUUCAAACGCAUCAUUCACCCGCAUAUUCACGGCCAAUAGCAAUUCAGUUGUCACUAGCUUUGUCAUUAUUGGGCUACAAUUAUAUCUAUCUAUCUAUCUAUCUAUCUAUCUAUCUAUCUAUCUAUCUUUCAAGCUAUUAUAUCUAUCUAUCUAUCUAUCUAUCUAUCUAUCUAUCUAUCUAUCUAUCUAUCUACUUUAA